CAGCAUGAAUAACAUCGUCAUCAUCAACAACAACAAGCAGACUUCCGUUCUGGCCCUGGGCAGACAGUCACUUAAUAUAUUUAGUUAACAAGUCAAUUAUUUUCCUUUUUCCUUUUCAAUUAAAUCCUAUGGUACCAAUAAAAUUAUCUACCUCCGUUUAUAAUACAUCUUAGCUUUUCCACCCCGCUGAAGCUGGAGCUACAUAUCCCUCCCCUCCAAAUAUAACUACACAAGAGAAUUCCCCUUAAUAUAGAGGCUACCAUGCGGCGUCCACUCAAUCCAAACAUUCCGGCUUUCAAUCUUGCCAUAUCCACGCUGUUCCGAAAUCCAUCCCUCCUGGUCCCCAAUUACACCAUCCCAACCUUCCUUCAGCUCCCAGAAGAAAACCUCGGAGAUCACCUUAUUCCUUCCUCCUACUUCUCCACACCAAGCAGCAGUUCCAAUCGACAUCAGUUCCCGCCCAAAAUUCGUGCCCUCGUAAUCGACAAAGACAACACCCUCACCCCUCCAGAAUCCCGCAUAAUCCCGCCCGCCUACCUGCAGAAGCUUAAGGACCUCCGCACCAAUCCUUCCUCCCCCUUCAACAUGCACAAUAACCCGCACGGAAUGCUAAUCGUCUCAAACACUGCAGGCAGUGAUCCAAAUAUUGCUCUUUAUGAGGAAGAAGCAGAUCACAUCGAGUCGAUCCUGUCCCAUUUACAAAUCCCCGUUUUCAGAUCCGGCGUCCCUCUGAAGGCCGUUGGUUCUAGCGAAGCUUCAGAAGUUCCGCCAAAACAUCAUGCGCUAAAGAAACCGUUUUCAUAUCCUUCCGUUCUUGCCCACCUUCGUGCUCAGAAUGCGAUCACUUCUCCUGACGAGGUCGCGGUAGUGGGUGAUCGCCUUGGCACAGACAUAAUUAUGGCCGGACUCAUGGGGUCGUGGAGCAUUUGGACACAACUGGGGGUGACUGUCGGUGUAGAGGGGGAUGAUGAAGGGAGGGAGGGUAUGGAUUUUAGAGGCAAGUUGGCCAAAUUGGAAGUGAGGUUAGAGCGGUACCUAAGGCGAAGGGGAGUUGCGCCAGCGGUGCCGAGAGGUUGGGAAAGUUGAUCGCAGUGGACUCUAGAGGUACGGGUAGGUACGGAUAAACCCUUUGAAAGGAACGGGAGCAACAACUUUUAUCUUUUAUUUUGGUUUAUGGGAGGUCUAUAAGACUUUUUCUUGGGAAUGCCCACUCUCAAUUCGUCCGUGGUAUUAAUUGACAGCCAAAUUUGGGUGGAUGUUUUUGGAUAAGGUUCCACUGGCAUUAUUUAUCUACACUGCUCUAGACACGAAAAGUUGAUAUAUCUAUAAGUUUCCAGGAUGUCUUGUCUACGCCAUUGCUGGCACUGCCAGGAGACACCUAUUUAUCCAUGCUCCGGAUCUCUAUCACUGGCAUCGGAAUACGCGAAGGCGUACUUGUUGUGACGAUGAACUGGUAUAGACCGGGGUCGAAUCACUUUCCUCAGCGUGCAUCGACGGAAAAUUCUCUACCGUGAGAGACGAUGUACUGUGCUGGUUUAUGAUGGCUGAAUUUGUUGUUGGCAGCUUCAAAAAUCACUGGGAAACGUAGACAACAAAAUGCUAAGGAUAGUUAAUGCCUAUAUUCUAAAGUCAGCAGGAUGGAGUCUGCUUGAAUGGGGAGUGUAGAGUCGCUACGGGCUUCUUGUGCAUGGCUCUGACACCUAUUCCCGUUCUCAUGCAGGGUGAUCUUCUGUGUCUUGUAUAUAUCGAUCAGCUACCGCAGAAUUGAGUGUGAUUGAAGUCUUUUCAAACGAAGAUCCUGGGGUCCUUUCCCUCUCUUUCCUGGCAAUGGGAACACAACGUCCGAGCAUAGCCGGAUGAAGUAGUGUUGGUGAUUACAAAAAGGCGAGAGUUUCCUCUUCUACUGGUACCCGGGGCUUACAAUUAUCUUCCCAAGGUGUGGCUUCUACGACUCCGCCCGUGUCAGGAUAGCUCAGUUACAUAUGUUGGUGGUUUACGUACUCGAUAUCGUAUUCGCCGUUUGCAUCGAACAGACUUUGAAUUUGAGAUUUGGGGGCCUGGACUCGAAUCGUACAUGAAACUGCCAGCUAGGUGAGAAUAUGUGAGAAAAGAUGGGGGCUAUGCUCCCAGCUGGAAUCGGGAAGCUCUCGGAUUUCUCCUUGCAGGACUGUUCCCUUUGUGUCAAACGAGAAUUUCAAUAUCUCUCAUGCUCCCUACCAUCCGUCUUUGGCUCCUCUUCCUUCCAUUGGCGAGUUCCUAUGGGGAAAUACAUGGGAUUUGCCACGAUUCUUAUCUCCCCUUGUAACCUCCGGCGCGGCAGAAUAUAUUGAGCGAGCUAUGUUAGCCAAGGACCUUGAAUUGAUAUCAUCGAUCUCUCAGCCUCUCAGGCAGCUAGCUACCCGAAUCCCACCUCUCUUCAUCCUCCACAGCCAUAAUACUGCCCAAGUACUAUCAAAUUAUACAGAUAUAUAAACAAUCAGCACAACUCCUUUUUGGCUCUUCGCUUCAGAAUAUAUAUAUACAUUUUGAUGGCCACCCUGCCUAGUUACAUGUAAUGGUUGACUGAGAGUCAGGAGAUACACAUUGAUCCGAUUUACACUGCUAGUUGGGCGAUACAAAGCGCACCAGCUGCUCAAACCGUCGCGUCAGAUAGGAGUUGUUUAGCAUCUUGGCUAACCCUCGCCGCUGCCUCCAGGGACAAAUGGUCGGAAGGCUCUACCAACAAGGCUACUUGUGCCGGUCCAUGAAAUAGGAGAUAGAGGGUAAUGAAACACACAUCUUCCUCCGCUAGAAGCAUGACCUUGUUUUUCGAUCUCCCGAACAAGCACGGAAAAGCUGGGGUGGUUCAUGGCUCAUCAUCUGUGACACUGUAUGUACUGUACAUGUAUCGAACUUGCUAGCUAACAGAGUCAUCCAAAACGAAACUCGGGUACUUGCUUUUGUUUCAUCAGGUAAAUUAAGUACAUGUGUUUGUUAAC